AUGAUCCACAGGCGGCGGACUGAUAGAGUGUUCGUGUUCGCGGGACUUCUUGCUGUGGCCUUUCUGAUCAGAUACGUCCGUGUCAACGAAGCGCGUACGCUCAGCUUCCCAGGACUUGGGGCCUUGAAAGCGUGGACGAACUAUACGUACGUGGACAACAACACAGCGCCAUUGCGACCACACACCUCCUACUGCGAUGCGCUUGUCGCAAACGGCCUCAAAGAUCUGGUAGUUGUCAUCAAGACAGGCUCGACCGAGAUAUACGGCAAGCUCCCGAUCCAUCUGACCACUACCUUGGCCUGCGAAGCACUCACAUAUCGAGUCUACUCCGACUACCCUCAGUCCUUUGGUCAUAAUCUUGAAGUCCGCGAUGCGCUCCAUCCAGUUCUGAAAGACGUCCUGGGACAGUCCAAAGAUGGGUUUGCAUACGACAAACUUCUGAAGCAUAUCAAGAGCGGUGCCGAUCCUGGAGAGAUUGCGAAAGAGUCUGCGAGGCGGCAACAGUUGGGGGAAGAGGCCGCAAAUGGAGGCGACAAUAUCUCGCGAAGGCUGGACAAAUGGAAAUUCUUGCCCAUGAUCUCGGCUUGUGCAGACGAGGAGUUCGCAGGCAAGAAGUGGUUCUUCUUCAUGGAGGCUGAUACUGCGGUGUCAUUGCCGAAUCUACUGAUGCAGCUGGCGACUUUCGAUCCUACCAAGCCGAUCUACGCUGGAUCGCAAACCAUGAUUGGACAUAUGGAAUUCGCUCACGGUGGAUCAGGAAUCUUGAUGUCGGCGCCCGCGGUCGGUAUCGUGCGAAAAGAGUAUAUGCGCAACCAACGGCACUGGGAUGUGACACUAGCCGAUCGCUGCUGUGGAGAUCAGAUACUUGCCGAAGUUCUCUAUGCGGCGGAGACGCCAGUCAGACUGACGACCAGCUUUCCGCUCUUCCAAGGAGAGUCCGUCAUAAGCCUCGACUGGAGCGAGAACCACUGGUGCCGUCCUGCUAUUUCCUGGCACCAUGUCGAUGCCGCUGCUGUCGACAAGCUCUUCCACUUCGAACGCUCCUGGCGAAGUUUCAGACCUGCAAACAUACCCAUGCUGCAUCGAGACGUCUUCCUGGGCCUCGUCAUGCGUCGCAUCAAGUCAGCUCCACAUGGCAGGAUAAUAGAUUGGGACAAUCUCAGCGCCGAUUGGGUCUUUGAGCAGACUGGGAACAGUCCUGAUCCUGCAGCAUCCUACCAUAGUGCGGCGAGUUGUGAAGGGUUCUGUACGCAGGAGGCAAGCUGUAUGCAAUGGGCCUGGAGGAAAGGAUCAUGUCGUGCAAAUCGUCGCGUGAGGUUCGGGUGGAAGAUCGGUAUGAUGCCAGAUCAGGGCAGUGCUGGCGAUCGAGUCCCGAAGGCCCGGAAGGAUGAGUUGACUGGCGCUGUUAGUGGGUGGAUGGUGCAGCGGAUCUUGGAUGUCAUGGUGAAGAGGAACUGUGAGGAGGUGAAAGAAGUAUGGGUGAAGAGGAGGGAAGAUCGAAAUCAAGAUUAG